CGUGGCAUGUCGCAUAUAUACAUGUAAACUUGCGAGAAUGUCGACUAGAUUGCAGUCUCGUUUCCUUUUUUAUAACACUUUCAACGUCAUAAUAUGGUGUAAUAAAGAGAGCGGAGGAAUCUUUCCAAGUCGUUAUGAUUCAGUAAACAAGAUAUCCGGUGAUUAGAUAACAUUAUCAAUAACUGCAGAAUAUACAUAUAGUUCGAUACACAGUUAUUUGGAGUACCAUUCCAUGCUAGUCCUUUCGCUGUUUGCUAGUGUACUAAUUCUCAAGAUUCUCAAGAUGAAUCGAGGCAUAGAACCUCUGGAUCCAUCCAAAAUAAACAUCACGUCAAGAACAUUGCAUCAACCGCCUCUCGACGAGUUAAUGAAUGUCCUAGGAGAAGGAUUGACUGCAAACUUUGCAGAGGCCACUGUCGAGAUUGCUGAUUGUCCUGAUUUCAACAGAUGGCCUUAUUGUUUUUAUCGGGAAGGCUUGUGUGGCAAUCCGAUUAUUUUGGAUGUUGGUGGUCCAGCGUAUCUUCUACCAACUGUCCAGAGAGAUAAGUUCUACGAUGUUAAGUCGUUGCUGCGACAGUUAAAUUACAACCAUGAUAGUCUCGUUAUCGGCGCAGGAGCUGGUCCAUGGCCACAUACAGGCAGCAAUUGCGAGCUUAUUAUGAAGUUAAAUGUAUCAAACCACCGAGUCUCACCAGGGUAUAAACUUAACAUGGGAGUAGGGAAUGGGACGCAUUAUGCAUUUGUAAAUAAGUCCACUGGAAAGUGCUUGUUCGAGCGUAUAGUUGCUAAUGAAGAUGAAACAACUUUCGCAUUGUUGGCCAAUCUAUAUAUAUCCGAAGGCAAGCCAGGGAAAGUUAUAAAAGUACGCGCUAAAAAACGUACCGGUAAACUGGACUUCAUAUCAUGCAUGCAGAAAGCGUUGGAGAAACAAUACGGAGAUAAACUCGUAGGUUUGGGUGGCAUGUUCGAGAUGAAGAACGGAAAAGUGAAACAGCAUAUUAUGCCAGAUUUUUCGGACACCCCGUUGACUACCGAGGCACAGCUUAACAACUGGCUACGUUUCUAUGAAAUGGAGACCCCUCUGAUAGCUGUCGGCACAUUUGUCAGCGCUGAGACAGAUUUAGAUCUCAGAGUGCAGCAUUUCCACAGUUCUUUCGAAGAGAGCAGGUUGGGUGGACAUUAUCACAUCGAUACAACACCGGAUACUAUUGAGUACGAGGGCUACUUCAAUGUGGCAGCUACGCUUUAUCGUGUCGAUCAACCGCCUAAUAAACUGCAGUUUGGAAAAGAUUAAUUUCGUACUUCAAAUAUUUUCAUCAGAUUGAACUUUAUCAAAUAACUUUAUGCCAAUGAAAUUGUAACAAAAGAAGAUAUGUUGAUAUAAUGUAUUUUGUUAGAAUUUAUACAAAUUUAUCUAAGAAAUUCCAUUUUAUAUGUUUAAGA